UGGGUUUAUGCUCUGGUAUCCAUAGUUCCAUAUAUCGUAGGUUUGAUUUCUAGUCAGUACUGGGGAAAAGCAAACGGAAAUAUAAUGGACGAUCUCUAUUAUAGAUACGGUGCGACCGCUGAUGGAGAUCUCUUGAUGGAUGGUGCCGUUGCUGUGCAGGAAGUGUUUCAAGGCCUAGAUUUCCAGGUUACUUUUCAUCUGAAGCACCCCCGUCGACAUCUCAUCAUGCUUUAGGCGCUUAUGAUUUACAGGGGGCUUCUUCAGAUUUUUUGCAAAGAGAUGUAAAAAACUUCCCGCACAUUGCAGCCAGGGGCAUAUGGCUUGAAUGAUGUUUCAGAUAUUGGAGCCCGUCCUGAAGCUCGUAUGAAUGGAUUAACAGGAGUAGCUAAUGCAAAUGGCUUCCUAGGAGAUUCAAAUUUGGUGAGUCAAAGACAGAAUCUUGCACCAGGCAUUGGUGCAAGCAUUCCUGAUGCAUUAAAUGAAAGAUCUGGCGCAUAUGGCUCGAACUUUUCAGGUAUUGGAGUCCAUCCAGAACCUGUAAUAAGUGGAGUUACAGGAAUAGCUACUGCAAAAGGCUACCCAUUGCCUCUAGGAGAUUCAAAUUUGGUGAGUCAAAGACAUAAUCUUGCACCAGGCAUUGGUGCAAGCUUUCCUGAUGCAUUAAAUGAAAGAUCUGGUGCAUAUGGCGCGAACUUUUCAGGUAUUGGAGUCCAUCCAGAACCUGUAAUAAGUGGAGUUACAGGAAUAGCUACUGCAAAAGGCUACCCAUUGCCUCUAGGAGAUUCAAAUUUGGUGAGUCAAAGACAUAAUCUUGCACCAGGCAUCGGUGCAAGCAUUCCUGAUGCACUAAAUGAAAGGCCUGGUGCAUAUGGCUCGAACGCUUCAGGUAUUGGAGUCCAUCCAGAACCUGUAAUAAGUGGAGUUACUGGUAUAGCUAGUGCAAAAGGCUACCCGUCGCCUUCAGGAGAUUCAAAUUUGCUGAGCCAAAGACGGAAUCCUACACCAGGCAUCAGUGCAGACAUUCCUGAUGCAGUAACUGAUAGGCCCAGUUCUUUGAAAAAUGCUGAUGAUCUCUCUGCGAAAGAGUCUAACAUUAUUUUUGUUGGUGGGCUCCCAACAGACUGUACGAGGAGGGAAGUAGGCCAUCUUUUCCGUCCAUUCAUUGGAUAUAAAGAUAUCAAAGUCAUCCACAAGGAGGCCAGACGUAGUGAAGAUAGGGCAAUGGUUUUGUGCUUUGUAGAGUUCACCGACUCCAAGUAUGCACUAACUGCCAUGGAAGCUCUUCAAGGUUACAAGGUUGAUGAUAAGAAAGCCAAUUCCCCUUCCUUGAGGAUCCAGUUUGCACAUUUUCCGUUUCGUUUGCCAUCUGAUCAUGAUGAGCCCCGGAUUAGAUUUCCUUGAUAAUGAAAAGUGUCCGGACUGCAUCGCAAUGUAUUGUUAUGAGUCUACUGAGUUAAUGGAGAUUGCUGAUGAGUACAACAGAUUUUGUAAGUGUGAGAAUUGAAAUGCUACAGGAAUAUGAUGUUAGACUCAUAGUUUAUUGGGUGUAAAAAGAAAGCUACAAUACAAUAUUGCAAAUUAUAAUUGCAUUCCUCUUUUA